ACUCCAUAAUCUUUCAGUGUAGGCUACAGAACAAGAGUGUCCUGCAACUGUUUAGCCCUGUUGACAGAGGUCAUGUUUCUUUCAUGCUAGACUUCUUCGCACCGAACCAUCCGGAGAAUGUUACAAAAAAAAAAGAGUUUGACAUGUAAUGCUGCGGCGACGAUCAACCAUGUACCAACUGGACACGGGCACGUAAGUUUCAGUAAGUACGUCGUACCUGUAUAUCUGCAAUGUGACGCCGCAAUUUCUAGUCUGUUGUCCAACUCAAAUACGGCCAGUAUUUCGUCUUACUUAGCCUUCAACCCAAAGGAUUACGUACGAAUUCCACGAACGCCAGCACACGCUCUCCCACAGCAAGCCUCUCCUUUUGAAGUUGCCGGGCACCUGUCAUGCACGUCCACAUCCCUCCUCCGGGAACCCAUUCCAUUCCUCCUCCGAUCUCCACACACCCCGACCGAGCUUCCCCAUUUAUAUCCACCACUCCUCGCCGAUCGGAUCACGAGCUGAUCGGAUGAACGGCGCGGACAAAGAAUCACUCGGUCCGUAGCCGCACGCGGAAGAAUCACUUGAUCGGGGAGCAAUGCCUUGCUUGGCGCAGGAGCUCCACCCCAGGCCGCCCCCCGCCGCCGCCAGCCACUACUGCAAGUCCCUGUCGUCGCUCAUCCGGGAGACCUACGCGCACUGCCACGUCCCCUGCGUCGGGGUCCCCGCCGGAGGCGCCGGCUGGAGCUCCGGCGAGGACAGCGACGACGACGACAGCGGCCUCGACGAAGCGCUCGACACCAAGCAGGUGGUGCUCACCGAGAUGAGGAACCGGCAGAUGAAGAAGCGGUCGAGGUGCAGCCUGGACUCGCCGCCGCUGCCGCUGUCCAGCGCGGCCUUCGCCUGGUCCUACACCCCGCUCGAUCCGAGGACCGUCCUCGAGAAGGUGUCAAGUCCCAAGACGUGCGUCGUGGUGGAGGGGGCCGAGGAGAAGGAUGAGGCACCCGAGGAUGACGGCGACGGCGACUGUGACGCGGACGACGAGAGCGAGGCCUUCUUCUCGGUGAAGAGCUUCUUCACGCGCAGCACGAGCCGGGCGGCGACCGUGGCGUCGUCGGCGGCGGGCAUGAUGAUGGACCCGCCCCCGCCGAUGCUGCGGUCGCCCGAGGCGUGGGAGCGCUUCCGGGACUGCGAGGGGUGGCCGUUCGGGCUGUGCCGCCGGCCCGCCGUCCUCCCGCUGCCGCCGCUGCCCAGCACACCGGCCGACUCGUGGAAGUGGCGCAAGAGCGCCAGCAGCGGCCUCGCCGCGAGCCCGGCCCCUGCUUACACCCACAAACUUGCCAGUAAAUAACUGCAUCGCCAUUGAUUAGCCAACAAGGACCUCGAACCGUCCGUCUUAGAAACGCUGCUGAGACGAGACAACGUUUGCAAGAUCUUCAGCUGCUAGUUGACUGUGUGUGUGCUUGAUGAGUGUUGCCAGCAGUGGUGGCGCUUCUCGUAAUCUAGUCCUGUUCUUCCGGCCUCCUCUCAAAUGUGAGGGUUUCAUAGGAAUUCUACAGGACACGGGACAUCCGGUUCGAACAAAAAAAUGUGAAGUUUCCUAGGAAAUUCCUACGAAAAUGUUGCAUGUUUGAGGAGGCCUUGAUCUUUGGGAGGAUUUUCAUCAGGUGUACGUGUUCUGAAUAAUAAACUCAGGUGUACUUUCAGGCCU